AUGCCCAGCUUAUUCUCUCGCACACGCACCAACUCGACCCCGAAGAAAUCGUCCAGCGUCCCCGCCUUUGACGAGUUUGGCAGAAUCGGCGGGAGGGGGACACCCUCGCCCGUACCCACCGGCAAGAAGGAUAAGAAGAAGGACAAAGCGCGGGCCAAGGCUGCCUCGCAGAUCGAGCUAGACAGUCCUGAGCUCGUCAUCCCCGAUGGCAUAUUCCUGCCGCUGAACCUCGAGUUACCACGUUUCGAGCCGACGACCGACCCGCCCGUUCAGGAGCAGGAGCAACCUCAACCUCACGACUAUGGAUAUUUAUCGUAUGGGCGGCAUGUUGUGCUUGGACUGGAGCAGAUGGCACGCUUGGUGGAUGUCGUGGGCAAUGAGCUGGGGCAGCGGGGUCUCACCACACCAUUCAUCUUCUCCACGCUCGCACUCGACGUCUCUUCCAAUGCUGUCAAGCGACUCAUCAAGACAUUUCUACGAACGUGCAGCAAGCCGUCGUCAGAGGCCGACCGGCAAUGGCGCGAAGAGGCGCGUCUCGCUGGCCCACAUGAGCUGGGUAUGUGUUUACGCUGGGGGCUCGCACGGGUCGUCCGGAUCAUGAAGGGGCAGGAGGUGCGCGGACUGGUGUCGUACGAGAGCUACGUUGAAUGGAGAGAUGCCGAAGCAGCAUUAAAGUAUCCUGAGACACAUUUCCAGGCAUUCAUAGCGCCGCUACCUUCACUGCUACGGUCGAUACUGGUCGGGUUGUUUACAUUGCUGUCACGGUUUACAGCUCAUUCUGCCUCGUCUGGGCACACACCACCGACGCUGUCGUCGCUAUUCGGUCCGCUGCUCUUCGGGCUUGGGCCAUCGACACUCGCAUUCCACCAAGCUUACGUGUACUAUCUGCGCGCCACCACCGCCACCGAGCAUCUGAUCCUGUCGUUUAUUCGCUGGCAAGACGUUCCACCAACAAGUGUCGGUGUCGGUGCCAGCGGGGCGCCGUUCAUCGGCAUACCUACGCGCCUCAAAGCUUGGAUCCAGGGCUAUCCAUCCAUGCUGCCUGCCACUGGGAAGCCCGAUCGGCGACCCGAACCACGCAGAGGAGCUCGGACAGUGCGUGUGAUGAGCGUUCGUCGGAACGUGCGAAUGUACUCUCCGGAUCUAGUCAAGACGGCCGCAAGCUGGGCACAACGACCAAGGGGUGCCGGGUCGUCAAUGGGCGAGCGGGCAUUUGCAGGGUCGAAGGAGUGGGACCGCAUCGCGCCAUCAACACUUAAGCUGUCGCCGCGCUAUUCGGAUGCGUAUCGAAAGCGCAUGGACCUGCCGCCGAACUUCCACCCUGACAGUGGCGCAGGUUCUGCGUCAUCCUCUAUCAAUGCGCCAUCGCUGACGUCGUCCGUCUCGACAGCAUCGUCGACACUGUUCGAUGAGAAGGACCAUGGUAUCCUGGGCGCACGGACGGGGGAGGAUCGGUUCAGGAGCCUGACGGAUCUGAAAUGGGGUGAAUUCGAAGUCAUGGGGUUUGGUGAUCUCGGGGCCGACGAUAAGAAGUUGCAAUUUGAUCUCACUGAGGGCGCACGAGCGGCACGAGCUGCCAAGCGCGCCACUUUGACAUGGCAAGACUUCUCAUCGACCGGCUUCUCACGUACGGACGACCCUCUCAAGGCUACACUGGAAUUCAGCACGCCGAUCACGACGACCGUCAACUCCUGGCCAGCGCAUUCGGUCGAGAUCCAUCGGAAACUGAAGAAGACACAGAAGUCGCUACCUGCGUUUGGAUGGGACACGGAGCCGGUUCUGGGCCCUGAGGAAGUGAUCGAGGAGGCGUUCGUGGAUGUGUUCUGUGAUCUGGUGUACGGUGGAGGCUGGAUGGAUAUUGAGAGAUGCGAGGAGGUGGACCGCGAGUGCAAUUGGGCGUUGGUGGAAUUUAAAUCAUUGCCAAUUAACAAAACGGCCACAGUCCCUGGCAAGUCCGAUCCUCGGACAUCGACCACACUUAUGCUCUUUGAGGAGUUCGUGCCGCUCGAGUACAGGCAACAAUUGGCCGAGUAUGGCAGGACCAGGCGCAAGCUACCACGCCUAUUCGGCACGACGUCAAAAUCCAAGCAGUGGAAACCUGCUCCUACGCUGAACGGCAGACCGUACGUAAUCGGGCACGUUCCUAACAGCCCUUCCUACCGCGAACUUGAGUUCGAAGGCUUGCUGCGUGAAAGCGGAAGUGCUACCAAGAUCCUCUCCCUUACCCGUAGUCAGGCACCAGGAAGAGACUCUCCAGCUCAAAGCGACAUCACAACACCCAGCCAGGCAUUUCACACACCGGCGAUCAAUGGUUCGCUGCGGAGCCCCCCACCUUUGCGUCUGGACAUCAAAAGUGCAAAUUCACCGACACCCCGGCCACCGAAGCCCCAGAACGCUGACUCACCUGUACCGCUACAGCGACGAAACUCGCGCUUCCGGCUGCCGGUUAGCCCAGGAGGGAAUCGCAGGUCGAUGCUGAUUCCCGCUGAGUAUGAGACCGUAGACUUUCAUGCUCGCCUGGCCAGCUUCUCCGAUGAGGAAAUCGGGGACCCAACAGCGGGUGACAAGCACAAUCGACGGCAGUCAAAGGACGAUGCAUGGGUGGAUAUUCUGGUCGCGAAUCAUAAUCGCCGGAUGAACGCACAGGACGCAGAGCUGCGGGUUCAAAGGUUGCAGGGUCGUCGGUCGGAUCCAGAAAUGGCGAGCCAGGAGGUUUCGGAAGUACUCGCUGCAGUGCGCGCUACUGUGCUUUCCGAUGAGGAUGUGAUGGAACCUGUCGAUACACCACGAGAUCUCGAUCGCGAGUUCGCAAGUGAUGACUACACGACCGCGGGCGACUCGGAGCUCACGCGGGACCGAACAUCAUACCCAGAUCGCGAUUCCGCGUUAUAUGGCGACGAUGAAGGAGGCGAGGGGCAUACCCCACCCGUCCGGACAAGACGUCUGGGAUACUUCGAUUUGCAUCCGGAACGUCGACAGGUCCUCCUCGACAGUAGCAACAGCAAUUUUCCAGGUAACCGGUCGUCAUUUGAUAGUGACGCGUUGUCUCAGGAUGAUGUCGUUGGCACGUCAGAUAGCCGCUACGUAUCUGGACUCGUCCCAGGCUUGCGUAGAGACGAGAUGGUAUCAUCGACGUACUCAGAGGGAGAGGGUGAGUUUGAGACGACCCCGAGUCCCUCGCUUGUCAACGUAUCAGAUACUUCCAGCAUAUCUGUGGAGGCGAAGCGCCCUCCGUAUAUCAGCACGAUCCCUCCACCUAACGCCAAUACGGUAUCCCAGAAUGCCACCCCUUCUGGCUCUGGCUCUGGCUCUGCAGUCAAACCCGUCGCAAGUAGAACUGCUACGCUUAUUGAGAUGUACCGCGAGCGGGAACGGACCGCGGACAGCCAGAAUGCACCUCACGCACCAGCCUCUCGGCUGCCUGUCCGGUCGGCGUCAUUGGGUUUGGGCGCUGCGGCAAGCCAGAUCCGUCCACCUCCUCAGGCUGCCACGCCUACGGCUGCCGUCUCGGAAACGGACGAAUCGGACGUGGAUUCUGAACUGUACCUGGAAGAGCCCGAGCUGAACCUGCCUUACCGUUAUGUCCAUGGCGCUCCUCUCCACAAUGUUUUAGAAGAGCCAGAGGAAGAAGACGUGGACUAG